AGUAAUAAUGUUCCUUAUGGUAUUUUUGACUCUUUUUGGCUAUGUUGGACCACACAAGAAAAAGCUGCACAACUUCAGUGAAAUGAUUGUAAUGCUUUGGCUCAUUGUUCUUCUGAUGGUGAGUAUUAAUCCUCAGCUACAUGAAACAAUGAUCAAAGCCAGCAAGAACUCAACAAGUAUACCUAACUGCAGUAAUGAGAGUCAAGCUAUCACUGAUUUAUCUGUACUACUGGCUGUACUCUACUAUUUUCCAGUUGUCAUUUGCUUAGCUAUUUUGUGUUUUUCAAUAGUAAAAACAAUAAUAAAGAAACUGAAGGAAGUGUUGAGAAAAAAGAAUUACAAUAAAGAGGAAAACAAUGUUAGCUUGCUUGAUACUGCUUAUGUGUUGCUUGAUGAUGCUGCACGCAAAUCAAUCCCUUUUACUGAAUUAGUUGAUCCAAGGAGUGACACAGAAUUAUAAACAUGACAUGUACUUGUGUGUCUAUUAUUAUAAGUGAAAUUAUUAUAAGAAUUUUAAUAGCUUGUCUGUAUUUUGUUUUUUGCUGUGGUAUGUUGUUUAUGAUUAUGUAAUUGGCAUCGGCUUUUUGGCACAAUAGCAAUAAUGGCAAAUAUUUCAAAAUUUUAA